AUGAGUUCUUCAUCAAGCUCUCGUGAACCUUCACCAUCUAUGAAACAAACUUUACCAAACGAUUAUGGAGCACCUAUUGAAUAUUUCUUACGAGCUGCACAAUGGCAAAGAGCAGUUUCACCAAGGUUAGGUGUUCCACCAGCUCCUGUCAAAAAUAGCAUUUGGUCAAGUCCUUAUAUAAGAUAUGGUCUCCCACUAGGUUUGCUAGCUACAGCAGGAGCAGUUAUGAUGUUGAAAAGAAAUAAAGCAAAUGUUGUAAAUAAUACUGAAGUAGCUGAAGUUAAACAAACUCCAACACCUUCAAUGACUCCUGAACCUAUGGAAGUACAAACUCCUGUUCAAAAGUCAACUCCUAAACCGACUCCAACAUUUAAACCAGAACCUACUCCUCAAAUAAAUCGUAAAACUCCUGCGUUUCCUUACUGA